AUGGAACCGCAUGGAUCACCGCUUGAGGAAAGCGAAACGGGCGUGAGCCGUCAGGACAGCUCAUCGCCUUCGCGACUCGCCGAGAAACACGAUACAAAGACUGCGGCAAUCAUUCGCGCAUGUAAUCGUCAAGAUUUGGAGAGCCUGAGGAGUCUGGCAACGUCAGAGGGUGGAUUGGUGUCGGAUGAUCUUCGAAGACGCGCAUGGCCGUUACUUUUGGGGCCGACAGAAGAUCCCAGAGACGACUGGCGAGAACUGCCCAAACAUCGCGAUGAAGACCAGGUAGAGCUGGACGUCAACAGGUCUUUUAUAUUUUACCCAAAUGACCAGUCUGCCAAAGAUCUAGCCAAGCGGAAGAAGGAACUCUCGGAAUUGAUAACAGAAGUCUUGAGGCGUCAACCAUUUCUAUGCUAUUUUCAAGGUUAUCAUGACAUUUGUCAGGUCUUUCUGCUUGUCCUGGAGCCGUUGCGCCGUGCACCUGUUGUUGCUCGACUCUCGACUCUUCGAAUUCGGGACUUCAUGCUUCCUACGCUCACACCCGCGCUAGCCCAAUUACGACUUAUACCAUCGAUCUUAUAUGCCGUCAGCCCCAAACUAUACCACCAUCUCUCUCAGACUCAGCCAUUUUUCGCCCUCUCAGGAACCUUAACUAUGUACGCACACGACAUCCAGGAAUAUGGCGAUAUUGCUCGACUCUUUGACGUUUUUCUGGCUCGGGAAGCUGCCUUUUCUGUAUACAUGUUUGCUCAGAUCGUGCUACAGCGCUCAGAUGAGCUGUUUGAAACCCCCGCAGAUGAACCUGAAAUGCUCCACUCCAUUCUCUCGAAGCUUCCGCAGCCUCUAGACCUCGAAGCUCUCAUCAAGAAUACCGUAGGCUUAAUCGAAAAUCACCCGCCGGAAUCACUAAAACCAUGGUCCUUAAUAUCCAAAUAUAGCGUGUUAAAGACUACUCGUAGACCCGGCCUAAUAGUGGAACAGACCUUAGAAUUUGGAGAACAGGAUUUUAGACAGCAGGUAAAGGAAUUGGAAAGAGCGGAGCGGCAAGAAAAACUCCUUCAACAACUUUGGAAAUACCGGAGGCCGGCAAGGACAAUUGGUUUCGCCGUUGCUGUUGCGGUAUUGUCGUUUUGGAUUAGAAGGUCCCAGGUCACUACGGGAAUUUUCGAAGCCUUAUGGCACCAACUGUCACAGUAUAAAAAGGCUUAG